AUCCUGUUGAUCCGUUUAUAUGAUCACCCAAUUAUCAUGAGCAUGAACAUAUCUUUCUUGUUUCUUUUCGGUGCAUAAAAAUUGUUAUUUCAUGUAACUUUGAUCGGUAACCUUAAGUAGCAUUUUCCUAUUUUUUAUUGGUGCGGUUCGUCUCGACUCUCAUAAACUCCGAAGCUCGUCACAAUAACAAGAGGGCAGGCACGUUCCAAAGCCAAACCCGAUACUCACGGUCCUCGGGUCGAUUAUCUAAACCCAAGAUAUAACAAAAAAUUUGCCAUCGACUUUCUCCGGCGGACCUAAUAGGCACUGAAAGCCACAGACAUCAAAAUGGAAUUAGCAGACAGAGCAGUUGGGCUUCUGUUAUCUUUUGUCAGCUUAUCCAUAUUCACAUAUUAUACUUUCUGGGUCAUCAUUCUGCCAUUUGUAGACAGUGAUCACUUCAUCCACCAGUAUUUCCUACCACAAGAAUAUGCUAUACUAAUACCUGUAUUUGCGGGUAUGGUACUACUUUGUUUCUUAUGUGUAUUCAUUGGAUUCGUGAUGCUUAAAUCCAAAAAGAAGAAGGCAUGAUGGAAGUACUUAUUUGUCAUUUUUUACAGCAACUCAAGGAUUUAACUUAUUUGUCUUGUUCAUUUUGCCUUUAUUCUUUAGAACAUUUUCUAAUCUGGCCGAGUGUUUUAGUUUUUGGAUUUGUUGCAGCAUGCUGGUUUUGUAAAUAGAUCUAUAUCCUUUCUACUACUAUCAGAAGCUCACAUUUCGUCAUAUCAUUUUAGGGUUGAAACUCAUUUUUGUAAAUAGAGCAUUUUGCUUAUGAUUUGCCCA